AUGGAACAUGGCCGUUGCCAACCCAGCGGUACGGCCCUGAUCUCCGAUCAAAGGCUGCCCCGGAUGAUGCCAUGUCGGUCGAGAUGCGGCUGCCGGUCGGCUAGUCUCUCCAGCUGGGUGUCCACCACCCGGCAAGGUUCCGUCAUCAAGGGCACAUGUCAAAGCACAGCAAGCACGGAUCCGUACAAGCGGCGGACGUCUCGAUGCCGGCAGAGCAUCUGA